AUGACUGACCUAAAUCAAAUACAAGCCCACAAUUUACUUGGUUUAAAGAACCAACCAAGAAAACCGAAGGACACAGCUCUGACGAGAGCUUUGCGAUCAUGUUGUGUCAUACCCCAACGGUACAUUCUAGGAGUUAUGGGACUUUUAGGCGUGUGCAAUGCCUAUACAAUGAGAGUCUGUUUGAACUUGGCAAUUACACAAAUGGUUAACAGGACUAAAAGCGGUACAGAACAUUUUGAUCCCGACGCAUGUCCAAGUGAUAUUGAAGAUUCUAAUGCUACAAAUAUUUUACGACCAUACGCGACUUUUGACUGGGAUGAGAAAACUCAAGGUUUAAUUCUAAGUGGAUUUUACUACGGAUAUGCAGCGACUCAAGUACCUGGUGGAUAUUUAGCUGAGAAGUUUGGAGGAAAAUGGACAUUAGGAAUUGGUUUACUUAGUACCGCUUUAUUUACUUUUCUAACACCAAUAGUUAUUAGAGCUGGAGGAGCAACUUGGCUCUUUAUACUGCGAGUCUUGCAGGGAAUGGGGGAAGGUCCGACGAUGCCAGCUUUAAUGAUAAUGUUAGCGAGAUGGGUGCCACCGCAUGAACGCUCGUUUCAAGGGGCUUUAGUAUUUGGCGGAGCACAAAUAGGAAAUAUAUUUGGCUCUUUCAUGUCUGGUAUUUUGUUAGCUGAUGGAAGAGAUUGGGCAUAUGUAUUCUAUUUCUUCGGUGGCUUCGGCCUUGUGUGGUUCACUUUGUGGAGCUUACUUUGCUAUAGCACACCAAAUACUCAUCCUUACAUAUCAAAGAAAGAACUUAACUAUCUCAAUAAGAAUGUUACAACUGCGGAAAGUAUUACAGCAAAGGAUCCAGUGCCGUGGAAGGCAAUCCUGAGAUCUGCUCCCGUAUGGGCUCUUGUAUGGGCUGCUGUCGGUCACGACUGGGGUUAUUACACAAUGGUGACAGAUUUACCCAAAUACUCACACGAUGUGCUUAAAUUCAACAUAGCGACUACUGGAACUCUCACUGCCUUACCUUAUAUAGCUAUGUGGUUAUGUUCCUUUCUGUUUGGAUUUGUAUGCGAUCUCUGCAUUAAGAAAGGCUGGCAUACCAUUAAGACGGGUAGAAUUAUUCACACUACCAUAGCGGCCACUGGACCUGCUAUAUGUAUAAUCUUGGCUUCAUACGCUGGCUGUGACAGAACUGCUGCUAUGGUGUACUUUAUCUUGUCUAUGGCUCUUAUGGGAGGUUUUUACAGUGGUAUGAAGGUAAACGCAUUGGAUCUGGCACCGAAUUAUGCCGGUUCGCUGACAUCGCUAGUAAACACAACUUCUACAUUCGCUGGUAUUGUGACACCAUACCUUAUUGGGUUAUUGACACCUGACUCAACCUUAGCUCAAUGGAGGAUCGCAUUCUGGGUGUGUUUUGCUGUGUUAGUUGGUACAAACGUAGUGUACUGCAUCUGGGCUGAUGGCGAACAGCAGUGGUGGGAUGAUGUAAGGAAACUCGGUUACCCACCCGACUGGAAGCACGGAUCCUUAAUACCUGAUGGAAACCCUGAACAACCAGAAACUGUGAGAUUAUCGAGCAACAAAACAUCGGAUGAUGUAUAUUAG